ACUAGGUCCGCUAGCUUUUCCAAGUCUUACCUGCAUAUGAAUUACACAAUUCUUUCAUGGGCUAUAAACCAUGAAUAAAAUCACGAAAGAAUUGCCGAAAGGCGGGAAGGACGAGAACUGGGGAAAAUAAGGCUGAUGGGCAAGGUUGACAGAAGGCGGAAACGGCAGCGGGGUUGUCGAGGCUGUGUUGUAACAUCACAGACGCUAGAUAAUCGAUGCAUUCUAUCGACAGGCUGCGCAGGGGAUUGAUCAGUCGAUCCGCUAGUCCUACUACCCAAAUCGGGUGAAGCGGCUGAGGCAGCAAUAUUAUUCUCUUCUAAGAUUCUCGCUCGACAAUUUUUAACAUAUCAACCCAUCUCGAAUGUCUUAUAAACGCAUAACACAAUGAGGGAUGAAAUGCGCGCGAAGCCUCUUGGGGCUGAAGUAUCGAAGCAGGGAAUGGAAGAGAUAUGGGCAGCCGCCGCCGAGGCUUUCGAGAAAAUAUGCGGCAAGUCGCUACAGAAAGGUGAUGUGAGAGGAUUUGCCGAUUUGCGGGAAAGAAUCGAAGCUGUUGGCGUGGCGUCUUAUGACGCUGAUCCAGAGGAGCAGGAUAAAUGGAAGAAGGCAAAGGGUUUUGGGCUCGAGUCUCUUAAAUACUUAAAGGGGCUUGUCUAUGCUGCUUCUCAGGCUUCUUCGUUUAUCCCAAUCCCUGGUUCGGUAGCCAACGUCACAUGCAGCGCGCUCUGCUUCGUAUUCGACAUUCCCCAGGCUAUCAAAGGCUAUAAUGAUGCUAUUAACCAAGUGUUCAGCGAUGUGUCUUCAGCGCUGUCUCAAUUCCAAAUUUACACAUCGAUGGAGAAAGUCGACCCCGCACUCAUCCAACAGAUUCAUCUCGUCAUGAUCAGCUUUGUCAAGAUCUGUGCCCACGUUGUGAAAUAUCGCCAAGGUAGCAGGCGGGUCCGCCUCCUACACCAGAUAAAAUCCGUCUUUGAUGAUGACUCGGGCCUAGCUGAUGAGCUGAAUGAGUUCAAACGGGUCCUUCAGCAGCAGCGCGAUGUCGAGGGGACCAUCACCCUUGCGGUAGUAGUCGAGCAAAAGCACGAAUUUGCGUCGUUCCUCGAUAUAUUCACCGACUUUAAGAAGACGACCGAGGACGGCGUACGUGCCCUUAAUGCCGAUGCCGACCGUACCAAGACGCUCGCUAAAAUCCGCGACACGCUUAGUGUAACAUCAAAGGUGCGACUCGAUACUAACACAACGCAGACAUGUGUCGAUAUUCAUGAGAGGUGUCUUCCCAAUACGGGGUCUUGGAUCUGGGAGCACGACUCAUACACCGCUUGGACAGCAGCUAACAAGGAUAGGGAGGUUUCCCACGUGCUUCUCUUGUCGGGGCCCUCGUCCUCUGGAAAGACAUUAGCCAGUGCGCUUAUCACAAAACGCCUCGAGGAGCAAAAGGGGCGUACGUUUGUGGCGCACUACUUCUUCCCUGCCAGUACAAAAAAGUCUGACGACGAAAAGAAUCCCAUGCAGUCAGCCCUAAAGUAUAUGGCGUUCCAGAUCGCGCGCGUCGACAGUAUUGCUAGAAAGGCGCUCGGUAAGGCGUGCGAAACCGAGCCCGGCGCAUUUCGUUCCUCGUCCAGUCUAGACAAAAUAUGGAGGGAGUUGAAGAUCGGGGGCUCAGGAUCAGGUGCUGUGUACUACCUUGUAUUUGAUGGGCUCGAACAUCUACCCUACAAAGAGACUGAGCUGUUGCUUGCGUUUGUAUUCGGUUCUGGGUUAGCCGCGGAAUCGGCCGGUCGGGUGCGCGUGCUACUAAGCGGGACGAACGACCAAUUCACCAAAACACCAUGGAUUGAGCAAAUCAACAACGCCCUACGAAUACGUAUGGAGGAGAAUAACGGACCGGAUAUGCGUAUUGUGAUUGAUGAUGCGCUCACCAAGAGAGGCAUGUUGCAGCAUGCGAAACCAGGCUCAGACCAGCAAAAGGCGCGGGAUAAGAUCCUCGAGAAACUGCCGCAAAAAGUCAGUGGAAGCUAUUCCAUCCUGCAGUUCGGACUCAAUGACGUGACGCGCUCAUUGAGCACCCGUAUUGCAACCUCGGAGCUUGAUCGCAUGCUGGACCAGCCUAUGAGCAGUCACGAGGCGGCCAUAAAGGAUUUGCAGCGGUCGCUGUCGGUAGACGAGAUCAACGAAUUGAAUGAAUUACUAAAGUGGGUGCUAUUUAGCAACACUCCUCUGACUUUGGAGCAACUCGAGGGCGUUAUGUUCCUGUAUUCGGACACAGAGUCCCUCGCAUCCUUGGAAUACAUCAUCCAGAGCAAAUAUUCCGCCGUAUUUAAAGUCGAAGACUACUUUGUCUACGGUCGAGAUGGUGUCAAGGAAUACCUGCAAAAGGAAGCAGGUGCCUCGAGCAAAUUAUCCCACUCAAAGGAUCGUGCCACCAUCAGCAUGACAAUUACCAUCAACAACGUAGAUCAAGAGCUCUGUGGCCAUUUCCUUUGGGACCUUGCUCAUAAGGCUAUCCGGGAUAAGUUCAGGUUUGACUUCGAUACUGCUUCUCUAAGCGGCGCUUUUCACAACAGUGGUCAGACGACUAUCGCAGUGGACGAAUUUGAAGCACACCACACCAUCGUAAAUCGCGCAUUCAAGUUUCUAGAUCAGGAACCUAGUGAGCAGACUAAGGAGAUUGGAGUAUACCUCACCUGCUGGCUUCCUUAUCACCUAGGCAGGCUGCGCCGGCUUGAGGACGAGGACAAAGGGGCACUGACGCGAGACGAGCAAUCAGAGAUUGUUCAGAACUUGUACAGGCUCUUUAAAGAUGGCCUAAUGUUCUCGCGCCACAGGGAAAGCUUUAAGGAGGUAUGGUGGGAAGCGGAUGAAAUGCUGGAGGCGCAGGAGUGGUUAAUGGACUCAGCCGUUCUGCGAAAAUUGGACGGGAAGUGGCGGGACGAGAUACGAUUAGCUACUCGGCCAACAAGGGGUUUUUUGAAGGCGCUAGUGAAAUUGAUAGUCGAAGGAUCGUUGAGGGGAAGAAACUGGACUUCCUGGAAUACUUACUAUUGGAUUGCAGAGUUUAUGAAAGUUGAUGAGAGACAGGUCGAACUUCCCAAAGCCGAUGAUGCAGAACCACCUGGAUCUGGUGGCCUCUCACCCAAUGGCACCGCGGAUGAGAUCGAUUGGGUCCGCGUAAGUGCCUGGUGCCAGGACUACUUGGAGAUGCCAGAUCCAGAGCUCGACUCGCUCUGGUACGAGUGUCUCGCCGAAAUCUCAUUACAGCAGUUGAGUGAGGCCGGCAUCGUAAUCUCAUUUUACCAGCGCGCAAUUGAGAAAGGAACGGCUAGUUGGCUGUGCCACCGCGAUUUAGGAAGGAUUUACUUUCGUGAGGAACGAAUAAAGGAAGCUAUCGUAGAGGCAGAACUAGCGCUGAAAGGAGUAGAGCAAGAGAGCGCUUCGCCAGAGCCGGAACCCAAAGAUAUCGUGGAGCUAAACCUAUUAUUAGCAAAAUACGUCUAUGAAGCGGGUAAUGCACAAAGAGCUGCGAAACUUUACACACUUUCGUGCAAAAGCGAGGACCUGAACCAAGUGAUGGAAGGCCGGGUGGGUUACCUGAAAGCUAGACUGGGCUUUGCAGACGUGGAAGAGACGCGGCUGUGGCUGAAGAACACGUUUAAUGAGGAAGACGGCGAAGCGAAGAUGGUGGAAAUUCUGAAGGAGAUUGCCAGGGACCCAGAUCAUGAUACCGUUAUCCCAAGGAUGUUCACUCUGGCUAAGGAAGAGUCGGAUUUAUUCAAGAGAAUAGUGCGCGCAAUGGAAAUAGCGACGACAACACCCACGCCGUAUGAAGACCGCGUCGAUGGGAUGACAGGAGACGACCUCUUCGCCGAGAAUGAAAGCCGGGGGGUGCUCCUUUACGACAGGGGAGUCGCGGCCUACACGUAUGGGGUGUCACCUAAUGGCACCGAGGCCGUCAGCGAAGCUUUGCGGUUAUGGAAGGAAAGCCGCGAGAUACUAUCCAAAGUAGGCGGACAUAACGCGUCUACCGCAUGGCAGGACGCCACCACGGCGCUAGCACAACAUUAUUUCCAUAACAUGGUAGACGGGGGCCAUUUAGACCAUACUGACGCUUUAGCUAAGUUGGUCGGGCCUAGCUCUAUGAUUGACCACAACGGCAACUCAAUUGCGUUACUGGGGGCAUUGUACGCGCUGCAGGGCAGGAAGGAAGAGGCUAAAGCCACGCUCAUGCCACAAAUGAUACAAGCAUUGCAGAUACUUUCGGACGAUAUGCCUGAGAAUGACUCGACCGGAUUCUGGAUGCUACGCGGGGCACUAGGGCAUUUCCUAGAUUUCGAGAGCGCGGCCAUCGCUUUGUCCUUCCGCGGCCAGCCGGAUCUUAUUACCGACAAGCUGUAUUUCGAGGCCGGGGAUAAUGACAUCAAAGGAACCGAAUGCGCGAACAAGGAUCAGCUGUUAGAUGUUGUUGCUAAUCUGGCCAAGGAAACAAUACAGAUCGUCAAGGAUCAGUUCCCGAAAGCCUCACAGCAGCUUCAGCGUAUGAAAGCUGCUGAAGCGCACAUUGAUUCACUCGUAGCUGCUUCAAAGACUAAAUCGGACCCAGAAGCCGACAGUGAUAACAAUGAGGCAACAGGAUCCGAAGACCUUGACUCGGCUGCGCACAAGCUACUCCACUCUCGCAUUUCUUCUUUACGACGAAUACACGAGCCAAAGAUCAACAGCGCGUUUAUAUACAGCUGGACUUGCGAUGGCCGCACCCCAGAUGGCAAGCACUGCAAGAAUUGGGGAGAUUUUGAACACGACUUCUACCACUGUAUAUAUUGUGCAGACUGUGACUUCUGUGGAGACUGUCUCGGACGGUUACGUGCUAACUCUAACGCGCAAGUUUCGGUCUGCAGCGCGAAACACCGGUGGAUGAGAAUACCGCCGCUAGGGGAGGCUAUGUAUGUCGGGCCGAGGGCGAAGAGUGCACCCGUGCCUAAGGAAGUAAGGCCUAUGAAAGGUGAUGAGAAUAUCCUAGAAAUUUGUUACGACGAAGACGGCGGUAAAGAGAUUAACUUGGGGGAGUGGAAAGAAGCGCUUGCCAAGGAGUGGAACAUAUCCCUCAAAGAUAUCAAAGAGGAGGCGUCGAGACAGACCACACCUACCCAGAGCGAGUAAGUGGGAAAGCGAAGACGAGUAGCCGAACAAGGGUAUUGGGGGGAAUAUCGACAUUCUUUAACAGAGCCGCAAUUAAAUCAGACAUCGCCAAGAUACAUAUCAUGAUUACUUCGGGUACGUACCUAGUUAUAUCGCGUCGGGGAUCGAUUCAGAACUCAUCCGAGAUCUGUAGUGGUACCUAGGUAGGGUUCUCGGAAAAUGAAGUAAUUCAAUGUUGGAAGAAAAGGAAAAAGGUCAACAUGCACGAGUCACACAGCAGUCUAUGCAGGUACCUUGAACAUUAAAGUUGGGCUCGCCUUCUUUUGUCGCGGGGUAGUCGCAGGAAGUCCCUUCCCGAUUAGAGGGCUACUUAAUUGACGGCAACUCUGAGUAUCAUCAAACGAGCUGGUUUGCUCUUUCCAUCUGGAUGUACCACUUGCAUCAACAAGCAUAAAGCUUUUGAAUUAAAAAUUGCUCAUGACAUACCAAGCAAUUAAGCACAUCCGAAUUGGUGUAGUGGCUAACAUUCGGGAUUCUCACUCUCAGAGAAAGACUCCCGAGCCCGGGGUUCGAUUCCCCGAUUCGGAGUUCUUUUUGCUUUCUUUCUUUCUUUCUUUCUUUCUUUCU